CCCAGAAUGGAGAAGAUGGUGAUGAAGGUGCUGAUUAUGUUUGUCCUUGGAACGAACUACUGGUUCCACUACUGUGCAGGUUUUCCCGUGUAUGACUAUGACCCGUCUUCCUUGAGGGAAGCUGUCAGCGCCUCCAUGGCAAAAGUGAAUUCCCAGUCGCUGAGCCCCUAUCUGUUUCGGGCGUUCAGAAGCUCAGUUAGAAGAGUCAACAUCCUGGAUGAGGACAGCUUGACCAUGGACAUAGAGCUCCGCAUCCGGGAGACGACGUGCAGGAGGGGCUCUGGGGAAGACCCCGCCACCUGUGACUUCCAGAGGGGCUACUACGUGCCGGCAGUUGCUUGCAGAAGCACCGUGUGGGUGUCUGCUGAGCAGGUGCAGGACGUGUGGGUUCGCUGCCAGUGGUCCUCCAGCUCCUCCGAGUCUAACAGCAGUGAAGAGUUGGUUUUGGGAGAUAUCUUGGGAUCCUCUACCUCAAGAAACAGUUAUCUGCUUGGUCUCACUCCUGACAGAUCAAAAAGUGAGCCAUUUUAUGAACGGUCACUUGCUAAGUGGAUCAUGAGAAGGGGCUUUCCUCCUGGAAAUAGAAGGGGCCUGAACCUGUGGCCCAGAGCAAGAAUAAACACUGGCUUUGAGUGA